AUGAGCCGGUAUACCGACCACCUAUCAGGAGACUGGCCCCAGGUCGGCCCGUUCGUCAACGAAUGGCCACAUAUCCAUCGUCAUGCCCAAAUGAACGACAGCAGCUAUUCGGGUGGUCUGUUUCCCAGAACCGGGUCAAGGAACAACGGCGACUACUUCAGUCUGGGCCACAUGCCAUCGCCAUCUCGACCUGCCAUUCCCAGAUCCCCCUCAUUGUUGCUAUCCAGACGCAACACUGCACCAGCUGUCAGCCUGUCGUCUCUGGCAGGCUCGUCAUCAGAAACAUGGUCGUGGGGAGGCAUGAACCUCAACGAGGGAACGCGCCCACACUCGUCCAAUUCAACCUUGUAUUCAGAAAUCUCACGUCCCGAUCUCGUCCCUACGAGAUCAAGCAUCGACCGCUGCACAGCUUCGAGCCACAACCACAGCCACGGCCACAACCGCAGCCGCAACAACUACGACAGUCUCCGUGAGCUGCUCAAGAGGAACUACACUCUCCCAGCCUCAAGUCGUCCCCUGAGCAAAAACAACAAAGACAGCAACACGACGGCUAAAGACACCACGACAUGUAUGACCCGGUACAUGGCCUUGGCGUUCCCACCCACGAAGACGGCGUUGUCACUCUGCCGGGGGAAAUCCAUAGACCAGCAAACCCGGGAGAAGAAGACACCGGCGAUACACUGCUCUCUCCACGAGCGAGACUACCACUGCCCAUGUGCCUCAUGCGCCCGCUACCGCCGCACCCGUCGCCAGACACCACGCAGUGUUCGCUCGUCGGUGGCCAGCUACAGCAGCGGUGGUAGCAGCGGAAGCAGCACCACGGCUACCAUGACCAGGACCACGACAACUAGCAGUAGCAGUACCACUACUACCACUACCACCAGCAGCAGCACGACGGAGACAAGAAAGACGACGGUCAUGGCCGCAGCCACUGCCCUCCAAGCUGCUCUUCGCGCUGCUUCACGGGCCAUCGACAGUGACCACCACACCAACGCCGCCGCCUCCUCCUCCUCCACUACCACCACUACCACUGCACGUCUACUUACAGAAACCACCAUUACCAGAACAACGAGCUGCUCCUCUGCCUCCUCCUCCCCGACAACAACAACAAGCUUCACGGACAUAACCGAGCUGACUUCCGCAGCCAUGCUGUUCGAGUACAAGGAGCGCCUCGGCCGGCUGCGCGCCCGGCAGGCCCACGCCCUCCGGCGGCGCGAGGACGAGCACGCCGAGCGCAAGAGCCGCGUCCGCAGGGCCAUCAACGUCGACUUUGGAUACCUCAAGAGCGAGUCGGAGAUCUGGGAGGAGCGGAUCCGGCUCGAGGAGGAAAAGCAGAAUAGUCGGGAUCAGAAGCAGCAGCGGAAGCAGAAGCAGCAGCACCAGGAGCAGGAGCAGGAGGAAGAGAAACCGACAUUGCUGCUCAAAUUCGGGACAGCAGCACGUAUACGCUCAUCGCAAGCACGGUCACAACUCCUGCCGGCCCCAAAUCAGCUCCACGACGAGGACUGUGCAGAAAGUGACGAAACGUGGCAGGAGGAGGAGAAGAAAAAGACUCUGGCCGCCAAGAUGCGAAAGACAACAAUACAGGCCAUUAAGCCUGUCUUCUGGCAGUUCCUUAUGCUCAAGAAGGUGCUCGCUCUCGAGCAUGAUCACCAGCUGGAUCUCGACAGGCUCCGCCAGAUCCACGCCGAGCAGGACCGCGAGCUGUACGAAGAAUAUUCACAGGUCAACAACAGGACAUAUCCACCUUGUCCACCGCCGCAAAACGUCGAGAAGAGACUAUCAGGGCGGUGGCGUUCAUGGGUUGUCACGAUCGGUGACAACAAGAACUGGCAGGUUCUACAAUCACAGGGCGUUGAAUAA